GCUGAAUCCGCAAUUAGCGGAAGAAGACAGAAAGGAAAUGUCGGACAUAAAGACACUUAACGAACUGCAGAAUUACUCCGCGUCGAGCGCGGCUUCAGAAGCGUUGAUAGCCGAGCAAGCAGCGCGUGCAGAUCUCUCAGCAUCAGCUACUGCACGAGACACCGAAACAUCAGCCGAGCUCGAGAUUCCAGCUGUGCAUGUCCUCUCAGACAUUAUCAUUCAGAGAUAUGAAGGCGGCAGGUCAGGAGAGCUGUUCCACGGGGAAGGAGUCGCCCACUUUGUAGGUGGACAUGUGUACAAGGGAAGCUUUAUUGAUGGCUUUAUGCAUGGCCAUGGAGAAUACGCAUGGGCAGAUGGGCUAAAGUAUGAGGGGGACUUUAAAUCAAAUGCUCCAAUGGGACAUGGGACGUACACAUGGUUAGACUGUAGCACCUAUGAGGGGGAAGUAUGCAAUGGCAUCCGAAAUGGCACUGGAACUUACAAAUCUGCCAAAACCUGCACUAUAUACAGAGGGCAAUGGCACAACGGCAAAAGACAUGGCAAGGGGACAAUGUUCUUCAAUCUGGAGGCGACAUCUUGGUAUGAGGGUGACUGGGAAAACAACCAAAGAGAAGGCUGGGGUAUGCGCUGCUAUCCAUCAGGAGACACAUAUGAAGGCCAGUGGAAGAACAGCGUCAGGCAUGGGGAAGGAACAAUGAAAUGGAUUCAGAUGGGUCAGCAAUACAGUGGGCAAUGGGUUAAUGGUGUUCAGCAUGGACAUGGGGUACACACAUGGUUUUUGCGACGGGUUCCUAGCUCUCAGUAUCCCACCAGGAAUGAGUAUAAAGGGGAAUUUGCUCAAGGUCUGCGUCAUGGUCAAGGAACAUUCGUCUAUGCAAGUGGCGCAGUUUACACUGGAUCUUGGAAGGAGGAUAAAAAACACGGUCGGGGAAAGUUUAUUUUCAAAAAUGGUCACGUAUAUGACGGGGAGUUUAGCGAUGAUCAUAUGGUGGAAGUCCCAGCAUCCUCCACUAUUUCAUUAUGGACACUAAAUGGCUUACCUAGUAGAGCUGAUGAGUUAGGCAAUAGUGCCUCAGUACUUGGUCCUGACAUGGCUUUGAGCAUUGACACUCUAUUAAAUCAGUUUCCUGGCGUGCAAAGAAUGCAGGAGCUCAGACAGGUGGAAUUUGCCAUUAUGAGACACAUCACAUUGCUGAGGACAAUAUACAGUAUGUACAGCAGCCUUGGACAUGAGAACUCUCCAGACAACACUUUCCUGCUCAGUCAGCUACAAUUCUGGCGCUUUCUUAAGGACUGCAGUGUCCACCAGCAUGGAUUAACCCUGGCACAGUUGGACCACCUUAUUAACAAGGAUGUCUCUCCAGGGGAGGUUCAUUCACCUUUUAGUACAAUGUUGCUGAGGAAGUGGAUUAGUUGUAUUGUCGUUGCAGCAUACCAUAUUUACCACAGAGACUUUGAGUCCUCUAGUAAUGUACUUGAAGAGUGCUUUUCCAAGCUCAUGAGACAGAACAUCAUUCCCAGUGCCAAGAAUGUAAAAGGACCUCUUUACUGCCACCCUCUUCGUGCUAUGAUUGGCAAGCGCUAUAUUGACAGAUGCUGGGAGAUAUACCAGACUGUCCCUAAAGUCAUCUCCGCUGUCGUCUCUGACAUCAUGACCGCCAGGCACUUCAUCUGGAUGUUGAAGGUUCUUGGUCUCUUUGACUGUACGUUAACCACAACAAGAUUGCUAGUGAUCCUCUCACUGGAAAAUCCUGCAAUCGCAAACGCUUCUACUCACAGUAACCUUGAUUUGGAGAUCAAUUUUCUUGAGUUCUUUGAGGCAUUACUGGUUUGUGCUGAAGUGAAGAAUGCAAAUGGAGUGGGAGCUGCACAACACAGACAGUGUGAGUUGGGAAAUCCUGAUGAGACUCCAACAAGAGAUCAGAUGAGAAACAGCCCUAUUCCCAGCCAGUUGGCGUCUCCUCUGCAGUACGAAUCGACCGUGCUGUCCUCAAGCACCAUCAUUUCAUCUGCUGCCACCAGCGUAAAAUCUUUCGAGGAACUCAAAUCCAAGGUAACAGUACAAUCAUCUCUAACUGAGGAGAUACAACACAAAGAUGAGGGAAUUAACCCAUCUAAACUGGCUGUUACAAACCCAUCUGAGAUGGAAAUGAACAAGCCUGCUGCAAGCAGUGUGUUAGUCAAAGACACACAAGUGACUGAGCCUCCAUGUAUAAACGCAGAGAUUACAGAAGAGGAGCGACCGGAACAACAGCUAGAGAACUGGAUCACUCACAUUCACCAGUUCUUCACCCACACAUUCUUCCCAGCAUAUGAACAGAACUUGGUGUGUGAAAAGGAGAUUCAAGAGGAACGCAGAAGACAAACCACAAACAACAGAAUCACCCUAGAAAAGGCCAAGGCAAAUGCAAAUCUGAGAGAGCAGCAGAGAGCAGAAGAGAAGAGGUCCAAAGAAAAAGAGGAUUGCUCCAAAGAACAAAUGGUGGAAGAUGAAGAGAGAAGCCAUGUCCUAGAGGACCUGAAAAAUUCCUCCAUAGCUUGCUCAACGCCAGUGACCUCCUUGAACUCUUUGGAUCUGAAGCAAUCACCAACCAACAAGAAGAAGAAAAAAUGACACCAUUGU